AGUUCAUUCAAGAAAUGUUCUUAAAUCGCGAGCCGACUUUGUUCUCUUAUUAGGUUUGUCGUAAAUUUAAAUAAACUUUCAUUUUAUUUCGGGCUGUUAAAUAGUUUACUAAGUUAUAUUUUCAACAAGUUUAGAAAGCCGGUUUGUACUCACGUUUUGUUUCCAAAUAACUUUUAUGCUAUUUUAUGAUUGUUAGAAUUGUACGUUCCUCAAUAUUAAACCGAAGUGUAAAGUUUACUAAGUUAUUGUGUAGACCAAAUACCAACCACCUGAAAUCACAAGCAGCAAAUAUGGGCCUAUUGACUGAAGGGAGCCCCUUGACUUGGGAGGAGACCAAGGCCCUGGCAGAACAUGUGCGUCAACACGGCAUCGAACAAUUCAUUAAUCUGUACCGCAAGCUUCAAGACAGAACUGGCGAUGUACUUAAAUGGGGUGAUGAGGUGGAGUACAUAAUUGUAAAAUUCGAUGAUGAAAACCAACGAGCCACAGUAAGUUUAAGAGCUGAUGAACUGUUGCCAAAGCUACAAGAAAAGGAGCAUUCAGACCCACAAAAUGUUAAAUCUCUUUGGCGGCCUGAGUAUGGUGCGUACAUGGUCGAAGGCACUCCGGGGAAGCCUUACGGGGGACUUCUGGCCCACUUUAACAUCGUAGAGGCUAACAUGCAGUACCGCAGAGCUGAGGCUAGUACUUUGUUAAAGGAUGGUGAAGUUAUCAUGAGCAUUACUAAUUUUCCAAGGUUAGGUUGUCCUAAUUUCUCAAGUCCACCAUAUUCCCCAACUCCAAAUGAAGGUGUGACAAGAUCUCUAUUCUUUCCGGACCAAGGCAUAUUUCCUGGACACCCGCGUUACAAAACUCUCACGUCCAACAUACGACAGAGGAGAGGGGAGAAAGUCGCCAUAAAUAUACCAGUAUUCCGCGACGUGAACACCAAGAUCCCUGUGGAUGACUCUAGCAAGCUGGAGCCCGAGGCAGCAAAGCCUGAUUGCGUGUACAUGGACGCCAUGGGUUUCGGCAUGGGCUGCUGCUGCCUCCAACUCACGUUCCAGGCGUGCUGCAUCACGGAGGCCCGCACUCUCUAUGACCAGCUGGCGCCGCUGUGCCCUAUAAUGUUGGCGCUAUCGGCCGCGACGCCUAUUUACCGCGGGUACCUCACCGACGUGGACUGUCGUUGGAACGUGAUCGCUGCGUCGGUGGACUGCCGCACGCGGGAGGAACGCGGGCUGGAACCGCUGCGGGAGAACAAAUUCCGCAUCCACAAGUCCAGAUACGACUCCAUCGACUCCUACCUGUCGCCGGAACAUGAAAAAUACAACGACAUUCCGAUAGUGCACGAUCCCGCCAUCUACCGGCGCCUGCGCGACAACGGCAUCGACCACCCGCUGGCGCUGCACGUGGCGCAUCUCUUCAUACGCGACUCUGUUUCGCUGUUCUCGGAGAAAGUCAAUCAGGACGAUGCCAACGACUCUGAUCACUUUGAGAAUAUCCAGUCAACCAACUGGCAGACGAUGCGCUUCAAGCCGCCGCCGCCGAAUUCUCCCAUCGGCUGGCGCGUGGAGUUCCGCCCGUGCGAGACACAACUCACGGACUUCGAGAACGCCGCCUACGUCUGCUUCGUGGUGCUGCUCACCAGGGUCAUACUGUCUUACCAGCUCAACUUCGUCAUGCCGAUCAGCAAGGUGGACGAGAACAUGCAGCGCGCACAGCGGCGCGGCGCGUGCGUGUCGUCGCGCUUCUGGUGGCGCCGCGACGUGCAGCCGCGCGCCGCCGGCCCCGACCACUACGCCGAGAUGACCAUUGACGAGAUCGUCAACGGAAAGGACGGCAUAUUCCCCGGUCUGAUCCCGCUGAUCGAGUCGUACCUGUCGGGCAUGGACGUGGACGCGGACACGCACUGCUCCGUGCAGCAGUACCUCAAGCUCAUCCAGCGCCGCGCCUCGGGCGAGAUCUCCACCAUGGCCGCCUGGAUGAGGGACUUCGUGACGUCCCACCCUCAGUACCAAAAAGACUCUGUGGUGUCAGAGAAGAUUAACUACGACCUUCUGAAGACCGCGCACGGCAUCCAGAGCGGGGCGGUCAGUGCCCCCACGUUGUUAGGAGCGAGCACCACGUCCAAGACCAACGAGGACAUCCCCAAAGCCUUCACGAAGAUGAUGAGCAAGGACUGCUCGUAACCACGCCUUUGUCAUGCAAUCUACCAACUACUAGUUGUUGUAUUUGCAAUUGCCUUAAACUCAUUUCGAAUAAAAGACGUCAUGUGAAACCGAAAUACAUUAUGGAAACUCCAUAUUACAGGGUAUUUGAUUGUUUGCAACAUCCGCGUUGAAAUUGUUAGAAUUUUAAUUGAGAUGCUUCUGAUACCAAAACUGAAAACCUGAACGUUAUUUUAUAAGAAAGUGUUGAAUAUAACUUCUUUUAUUGAAAUGACACAUAGUUUGAUCGUAUAGAUAUAUAGUUAAACAUCCAUAAAUGGAUCAUGUUAAUAGUUAGCAUUUUACUAGUUACUCUUCAUUCCAAUUGAUCUUGAUCUGUCAAAACGGUAUUUGAUAUCGCCGUCGCAUACAAACCGAAGACAAGGUGCAAUAGAUGAGUAAACUGCGAACCUGUCAUUACUCAAUGGUAAUGACUCUAAAUUAAGUUGGCCCAUUUUCUGCAAUAAUUAUGACGUAACAGUGACCUUAUAAAUAUUCGUAUAAUAAAAACGUAUUGUUUAUUCUUUCACAUUCUUAUUUCAGUAUACUCGAGUAUACAGAUAAUAUUUAAUUUUGUAACAACUGGUCAUUCUCUCAUAAUAACGUAUUGCAUUGCAAUUUCCACUGUGAACUUCAAUCGAGGGCCGCUAAAAAAUUACAAAGAACGUGGGCGAAAUGCAACCGAUCUUUCGCAGCACAAUGCAAAACCUUAUGCAGGAUAAUAUUCUUACCCACUCGAAAAUAUAAUUAUAGUACAAAAUAUUAUGUAGCUAUAUGAAUUAUGUGUGCAAUUAAGAUUAAAUAUUUAUAAACACAAGCAUUUAUAACAGUAUUACACCAUUUACCUUUCAUCAUAGUCCACAAGGUGAAAACGUUUGUAGUGUGGUUGUGACAAAUAGAAUCGUAGCCAUACCAACCGGUAACUAGUGAUUUGUAAUAUAGUAAUUAUGAGGUACUUAGCAGGCUGUUUUAAUCGAUUUUUAAGCUUAUCUCUAAGGGGGACUAUAAAAUAUAACAUACAUAAACUUAAUUUUUUUUAUAAAUAUACUCUCAAUUUCUGUUUGUUAUGAAUUUCGUUUGAUAUUUUUUGGUUUCAAUAAUAUGAAUUUUAUUUUAUUGUUUUACCUAAAUUCAGAUUGGUGUUUGUGAACAAAUAUUGUUGUUACUGUGGUACUGUGAUAAGUAGAUGAGAGUUCGAGAUUUAUAUGCAUUGCGGCGUAAGAGACUGACAUUAUCUUGAAUGUUCUUAUGAUGAGUACUGUGAGCAAAAUUUUGCCCUCUAAUAGAAAUGUUUUAUCCGUCCCUUACCAUUUGACCUUGUGAUGUGCGCUGCAGGGACGAUGUCAUAAAAAUGGUUGCAAAUGAACAUUUAUAAUUUCGAAUAUAUAUCCGUUGGGGUACUUAGAACGGUACAACAAUGUUUAUAGUUUAUUUAUUUUAUCGUUUUGCUAAGUGUUCUGCUACACUUAGUUUUGUAGUAACAGAGUUUUAGUAAAUAUAGUAAAAUAUCAUAUGCCGUUCAUUCAUCCAGUCUUGAUGUAUUUUAAGACGAAAAAUAUUUUUAUCAUUUUGGUCCAGUUUUUGCAGUUUAAUAAAGGUUACAAAAAAAAUUAAAAUCGUUGCGGCCAUUUAGUUUGCACAAAUUAUUUUGCCUUAUGUUAUGUACUUGUUUUGAGAUAGUGAAAGUGUAUCUAAUUUGUCUUUAUUCUUAAUUUAUGUAAGUUGUUUUUAUAUUAUGUAUUUUGUUCACUGAUAGCAGUUUGCAAUUGAAUUUCUAAUGUGAUAUAUGCAUUAAUAAAGCUAUUUUAAUUGUUUA